ACAUCUAUGCGACUGAGUUCACCUCUUGAGGGCGCUAUAUAAUAUUUACAGGAAAAGAAAAAGGAAUCGAAGACGCGCGAAACCCUAUCAAGUAAAGUGAUUGGGACCUCGCAUGUUUUUGUUGGUCAUCAUAGCCAUGGCAACUGAUGAGAUCACCCCACGUACUCUGAUCCAAGGCCUGAUUGAGACGUCAUCAGUGAGUAAGAGCACCGCCAGGGUGCGGGCAAGACGAUCAAACACUGGCAAUCGGGUUGCUGCACUGAAGAGAGAUGACAAAACAAGGGCGCGGUCUGUCAGUGAUCUGACCCCACGCAGCUUGAUCCAGGGUGUCCUUCAAAACACCGAAGUCGAGCAAUCACCCCCCUCAAAGCGGCCCCGCCACGACACCCCUGAGACGGAUCGUCCGCAGGCAAGGACCCCUGGAACACUUCCCCAUUCUACCACCAGGAGAAAGGUCACAAGACUGGAAGCCUUGGCUACGCCAGGCGGCGACCCUACCCCAAGGUCAUUAAUACAAGGGCUCAUUGGAACAGCCCCAGUUGAGACACCAGCAAUUCAUUUGAGGAGGUCCUCAAGUCUGAACCCUGCUGAUUUCCCAGAUGUUGAGGAAGCCUUGCAAGGCAGAGCUAACAGAGAUACACUUUCACCACUGGUCCGAGAACCCACAGCCAACCAAUCACAGCCCCCGGCCUCAACUCUCCGCAAGAGACAGCCAAUCAGCAGUGAGGAUUUUGCCGCCGGAGUCCGGGAGAAGCUGUCGAAGAAGCAGGACCAGGAGGCAGAGGAGGGGGCUGAAGAUGAUGGGGCAGGUGAGGUCGAUGAUGAGGCAGCUGAUGAGCCAUCUCAAGGAGCUUCAGGAGAGUUUCAGGAGAGCAUCUCAGAGGAUGCAAGGGAGGAGAGCUUUGAAGCUGCUACUCAUCCCCAGGAAGAGCAACAAGACAACGAAGAGGAGGUUGAUGAUGUGGAAGAUGAGGGAGAUAAGGAGAUGGUAGAUGCUCCUGAGGAUGUGGGAGUGUCUCGAGAGGGCAGUCUUGAAGACGAGGAAGCAGACCCAGAUUCAGCCAUGACUUCUGUAUCUGGCCCAGGCUCCACACCUACUUCCUCUCAAGCAACACCCCCCGCUGCGGACCGUUCCACUCGCAAGCCAGCCAACAAGCAAGCAGCCGAUUCCACAUGGACUGGCAGAGAGUCGGAAGCUUCCAUUCCCAGCCAGAGGGACAGCAGCCCGGGUGGGACCAGGAGAGUGCCUGACUCCACGGUCGUUGAUUCGGGUAGCGAGGGCAGCGAAGCCAUCAUGCCCAAUCAGUCAAUGGAGGAGUCGUUAUUAGGGGAGGACCCUGAAGCACAGCAAACAGCUGCACAGGCAGAGAGCAGACUUAGUGGCUUCUCACCAUUAGUCACUCCAAGAUUACCUCCAAGCAGCGGCCGACCCACUCCGGCCUUAAAGAAGACUCCUGCUCAUCACCGCCAACAGGCAGCUCAAGGGGCGGGGCCUUCCAAAGCAGUCCCAAAACAAGCACCCCAGAAGAAGAAAUCACCCACAGCCCCUCGGAAGGAGACUGCCUGCCUACCCGCAAGUCUCACCAAGAGUAUCUUGUCUCACUUCUCCAAAGCGAGGAUGUCUAAAGGUGCCGUGGAUGCAGUAGAGAAAGGUGCCGAAGCAUUCUUCAAGAGAUUGUCUAAUGAUUUGACAGCUUACAGCCGCCAUGCUCACAGACAGACCAUUGAACAAUCUGACGUAGAGCUGCUCAUGAGAAGGCAAGGCCUGAUUCAAGACCAACAGUCCAUGUAUGCUCUGAUCGAAAAGUACCUACCUUUAGAAUACAGACAGGAACUAAUACCUAUGGCUACAGCGGGGAACAAAGUCACGCCCAAACCAACCCACUGAUCGUCACUGAUUUAGUACCCACUCAUGGAUUGCAGACAGGAACUCAUACCCAUGUCGACAACUGGAUCCAUACCCAAGCCCCCCACUAUUAUCACUGACUUGGUACCUAAACAUUGGAGUACAGACAGAAACUAAUACCCAUGGCUACAGUGGGGAACAGUCACGCCAAAACCUCACUGAUCAUUGCUGGUUCAGUACCAACUCAUGGAGUGCAGACAGGAACUAAUACCCAUGGCUACAGUGGAGAACAAACUCUCGGCGAAACCUCCCCACUGAUUAUCACUGACUUAGUACCUACUCCUGGAGUACAGACAGGAAUUAAUACCCUUAGCUAUCCAAUUCAUUAAGUGUGACGUCACUUCAGCAUAAACCACGCCCACUACACAUUAUGUAGCAUUGGCACCAUUGGAACCAGAAGUAGUGCUAAGUGGCAUGUUUAGCAAAUGGGCGCUAGUAAUCAGUUGCGUUUGUUUAUGGUGUAAAUCGAGGACACACACGUGCAACAUCAUCGGUGAAUCGAGGACAGGAACCAAAUCGAGGACGACCUUCAUAAGAAAACGUGUACAAAACCAAUGAGUGCUGUUGCGAGUACAAACAAAGGAAAAUGGAAGAGGAACAAAAGAAAAUCCUCCAUUUACACCAUAAACAAACGUGCUAGUGUGUGCGCAUGUAUGACAAAGUCAUUUACGAACCGGAUUGCAGGGAACAAUGUUACAUGUUAACUUUGCAAAGUGGCCCUACAGACUCCGUGUACAAUCAUUAGAUGGCACUUUCUGACCAGUUUUGAGAGCCCAGUAGGAGGGACACCACGUUUGAAUAUUGCUUUUUGUACGUAUGGCACGAAUAACAAUAAUAGUACAUGUAAUGUGGUGCUUAUAUAGUGCUUUAUAGCAAAGGUCUCAAAGCGCUUCAUAAUAUUACACCUGUUCAAACAAUGAGACCAUAUUUUUCUGCAGCAGCUCGAGAUCAGUUUAAUCUGGUCUCUACCUUCACAGGUAUCCAUUUGUAGUAAAGUGUCUUGCCCAAGAACACAAUCACCAUAUUUCGCCUACCACGUCAUGAGUUGAACACUAACUGUUGGACCACGUCGCGAAGUAUUCACAACUAAUUUGUGUACAAACCCAUAGCGUCUUUGCAUUUGAAUGUCCCUCCCAGUGGUCUCCCCCUUACUCUCGGGGAGUACAUGUACUUGUGCAAGGAGUCCAUACCAGCAUCCUCAGUUUGUGAUAUAAGAAGGAAGUACAAUAAUGUACAAGUGUGAACCUCACCAUCAUUAUAUGUACCAGCACUGCUGUUUUAUUACCAGCUUUGAAUUAGUGCCAGUCUUGUAAAUAAUGACAAAAAGUUGUCUUCAUGUUGGGGUGAUGUGUUAUAGACAAAUCCAGUAACAGUACUGAAACCCCCAAGGAUGCACUACUAUAUAGGAAUUUCAGUUCACUAAGAAUUAUCUGAUGACCACAUGUUUUGCUUAUAGCUACUGUUUAUCUGGGUGUCCAGUGCUCUUAAUGUAAGUACAUGUAUGCUAUGUCACAAUUUUCACAUUGCAUGCACAGUGAAACCCAAUUUGUGUAAAAAUUGUAAUUAAAAUGCCUUCUUUGUACCAUAUUUAA